UGGGAAGAGUCGGGUUUGAUUCAGCCUCGUAUGUCGCCGUAGACGCUCGGCUGAAACGGCCCUGUUUUAAAGUUCCUGGGGGCGAAGAGUCGGGCGACCUGGACAAAGCAGGAGAAAACGGGGCCAAGAUUUAACCUGGUUAAUAAAUAACUCGUCGUUUUCCGUACCGGGAGGGCAGACACCGUUCUGGAGAAAAGAGGUGCGACGCAUAAAACCGAGGUCUCACUUCCCGAUAACGUCAGAAAAUUCAGAAAAUGGCGGAGCCGGACAAAUUAAACAUCGACUCUAUAAUUCAACGUCUUUUGGAAGUGAAGGGCUCCCGGCCGGGGAAGAACGUCCAGCUGACGGAGAACGAGAUCCGUGGCCUUUGCCUCAAAUCCAGGGAAAUCUUCCUGAGUCAGCCAAUCCUGCUUGAAUUAGAGGCUCCUUUAAAAAUAUGUGGCGAUGUCCAUGGUCAGUACUACGACCUGCUCCGACUCUUUGAAUACGGAGGCUUCCCUCCAGAGAGCAACUACCUGUUUCUGGGUGACUAUGUGGACAGAGGGAAGCAGUCGCUGGAGACCAUCUGUCUGCUUCUAGCUUAUAAGAUCAAAUACCCCGAGAACUUUUUCCUGCUGCGCGGAAACCACGAGUGCGCCUCCAUUAACCGAAUCUACGGCUUUUAUGAUGAGUGUAAGCGACGGUAUAACAUCAAGCUGUGGAAAACCUUUACAGACUGCUUCAACUGUUUACCUGUGGCUGCUAUUGUAGACGAGAAAAUAUUCUGCUGUCAUGGAGGUUUGUCUCCGGACCUGCAGUCGAUGGAGCAGAUCCGCAGAGUCAUGCGGCCCACAGACGUUCCGGACCAGGGCUUGCUGUGCGACCUGCUGUGGGCCGACCCGGACAAAGACGUGCUGGGCUGGGGCGAGAACGACCGCGGCGUCUCCUUCACGUUCGGGGCGGAUGUGGUGGCCAAAUUUUUGCACAAACAUGACAUGGACCUAAUAUGCAGGGCACAUCAGGUGGUUGAAGACGGUUAUGAGUUUUUCGCAAAGAGGCAACUCGUCACUCUUUUCUCAGCUCCCAAUUACUGUGGAGAGUUUGACAAUGCUGGUGCCAUGAUGAGUGUGGAUGAGACGCUCAUGUGCUCCUUCCAGAUUUUGAAGCCAGCAGAUAAGAAAUUGUAUCCUUAUGGCGGCAGCGGAGGAGGAGGAGGUGUGGGACUGGGAAGACCCGUCACUCCUCCACGGAACGCAGCCAAGGCCGGCAAGGCCAAGAAAUAACACGCGCUGACUUCCUCUUCCUACAAUUCACCACCCUUCAUCGUUCCAACACCUUUUUUUUAUCAUUUCUUCCUUCCUCUCUACCUCCCAAACUUGUCCCCUUCGUCAGCACUGAACAGCAACAAAGACAACCAGGGUUCAGUCGGGUUUUUCUCUCUGAAUGAAACACUUUUUGAACGUUUAUUUUGCUUUUUGUGUUGUAUUUGUGUGGAUAUGUGAGCGAAUGAUCCAGAGAAAGUUGCUGUAUUCACCAUGUACUUUUCCCCCCUUUCAUGUUCCUGUUUUCCUGUUUUUUAUGUAAAGAAGAGUUGUUUUUUUGCCUGUUUAUCACAUAAAUCACACCUGGCUGCAGGGCAGAGCGGAUGGGGCCAUGAAGAAGUAAGCUUGGGCUGUUUAUGUUGAGGUCUGGCACUGUUUAAUGCUAAACAAGAGCUUUUGUACAUUAGCUGGGAGGCAAAUGGGUGGAGAUCACAGGUGGGUAUAAGGUGAAUUCACUAGAUUUAUUUUUCUUCUUCCAUUUUCAGAACCAAUCACAUGAAAUCACGAUCAUGGAUGUGAUACAGACGCUUGUUUUUGUAGAUAACUGACACCAGAAUGGUUUUUAUUUUAUUCUUUUCUCUCCUUGUUUUUAGUUUACUUGAAGCUAAAGAUGAAUAAAAGUAACCUUUAAUUUGAA